AUGUGCACCAGAAGCCCAGUGCGUGGUGAGAUGACCCGACGCAGCAAGAACCUCGAGCCUUCCGCACCGCACCCUCCAUACUCAUAUCCACUGACCGUCAUCGACGAGAGUAUCUCUGAUCAAUGUACUAAGUUGGACGAUCUGACCAGGCUGCGGCUGAUCUUUAAGCAGCAACAUCACGGCAAGCACUCGGGUUCCGCAGAACCUUCAAAGGCUCCCCAGGCUGAGCGUCGCCCGCUUCGCGCGGCUUCGCGCUGA